AUGAAGAAGAUUCAAGAGAUUGGAGGCUACACGAGAGCUUAUGUUGGAGGUGACAAUGGCACUUAUACGCAAACGCCUCCUGUUUCAGCACCUGGUUAUAUGAAUCUACUUACUGGUACAUGGGCUAACAAACACAAUGUAUACGAUAAUAAUGUUCAAUCUCCCAAUUACCAUUAUAAAAAUAUUUUUCGAUUGUUUAAAGAACAUUACUCUGAUAAAAAGAUUGCCAUUUUCUCAACUUGGACAGAUAAUCGUAUCAAACUCGUUGGUGAAGGAUCAGCCAUAGCAGGUAAUAUUACAUUUGAUUACAAAUUCGAUGGAUACGAAUUUGACAAUAUUACUUAUCCUCAUGAUCCAGAUGACCAUUUUAUCUUUGACAUUGAUCAACGUGUGACUAAUGAAACUUCCGCAUGUAUCAAAAUAUAUGGACCUGAUCUUUCAUGGGUUUAUUUACAAUAUACGGAUGAUGUAGGACAUCAAUUUGGAGACAGUGAACAAUUUAACCAAGCAGUCAAGAAUAUUGAUUAUCAGAUAGGACAAAUUUGGGAAGCUAUCGAUUAUCGAAUGAAACAUGAUCAAGAAGAUUGGUUAAUUAUUAUUACGACAGAUCAUGGUAGAGAUCCGAUAACAGGCAAAGAACAUGAUGAUCAGACUCACAGAGAACGAACAACUUGGAUAAUAACAAAUAGUCAAGAAAUGAAUACUUAUUUUCAUGAUUUUCAACCUGCUAUAGUUGAUAUAUAUCCAACAAUUGCAAAACUGAUAGGUCUUAGCAUUCCAAUUGAAUCCGAAAGAGAAUUAGACGGAGUACCAUUAACAGGAAAAGUAUCAUUAAUAAAACCAGAUGUUAAGUUGCAUAAUGUUAGUCUACAAAUUGGUUGGACAGUUUUAGAUCCUACUGGAUACGUAAAAGUGUGGCUAUCAACUACAAAUUCAUUUAAGGAUGGUAUCACAGACAAUUAUUAUUUAAUUGAAACAGUACCGAUAGAAAAAAACAUGAUUACCGUUGAUAUAAAAGAAUAUCCAUCAGACUUCUAUAAAAUAGUCCUCGAAGGACAAUAUAAUAAGGUGAAUAGAUGGGUAUUUCGAUCAUAA